CUCCCCUCGGGUCGUCUCUGGCUCUGCAGUCCCCGGGCUGAGUCAUGGAGGGCUCACGGGGUGAGGAGCACACCGCACUGCCGUGAGGCUGAGAGGACACGGGGAGGGGGCUCCACGGUGCCUCCCUGCCCUGCCUCGGGUGCUGAGAGCACCUGGAGAAGGGAGCCGGGCACCCUGACGUGCCUCCCUGCGCAAACAGGGUUUUUCCAGGAGAUGUUUAAGGCUGAGUGUCACUUCACCAACGGCACCGAGCGGGUGAGGUUUGUGGAGACGUACAUCUACAACCGGCAGCAGCACGUGCACUUCGACAGCGACGUGGGGCACUACGUGGCUGACACCCCCCAGGGGGAGCCCGAUGCCCGGUACUGCAACAGCCGAGCAGAGAUACUGGAGGACGCACGGGCUGCCGUGGACACGUACUGCCGACACAACUAUGGGGUGUGGACCCCUCUUGCCGUGGAGCGGAGAG